AUGUCUGAUCUAGAAGCAAGACAACACGACGAGGUCGAGUCCCUCCGGUCGAUCUAUGGCGACAUCUUCACCGAUGUCACGCCACAGGAAACAGUAUGGAGCAAAAAAGCCAGCCCGCAUUUCCAGAUCGCUUUGCGCUCCCAUGAAAAUCCCCAACGGCCCGAAGUGUCGCUUGUUCUUGAUAUUGCAUUUACGCCGACGUACCCACUGCUGCCGCCGAUAGUACAGGUUCUCUCGCCGCAGAACUUGCUUCGGGCCAGACUCGCGCAGAUCGAAGCCAAGAUCGCGGCGCUAUUGAAAGAGUACGCGGGAGAAGAACUAUGUUUUACUGUGGUGAUGGAUGUGAAGGAGAUGUUAGACGACUUCCAGCAGACUACAGAACAAGUAGUAUCGCUCGAAGAAGAGCGUGAACGGCGGUUGGCCAACGAGCGCAGAGUUCUAGAAGCUACAGAAAAGGAAGCACUACGAGAAGCGGCGUCGGCGAAAGAAAAGCUCAGCCAGGCGGCCAGCGCCGAACUUCGCCAGAUGCGCAACGACUACCCUGGCGAAACAGAAAACGAUUUGGCCUCUACAUCGGCUAGUGACCAGUAUCUCCCCGGAUCUUCGGUCGGGCCCACGUUUGUAUUCGAUAACGUGCUUUACGGCGAGUCUGGCGGAAGCCGAUUCCGGUUCCGUGCUGUGCAAGGGUUUAUUCCGAGCCACACACGAGGCUUGUUGCUGGAUGUAGGAGAGCAGUACACUGUGACUCCGUAUGUCCAGUCCCAGCGUCCAGAUGCAGCGUAUCUACUUACUGUGGUGGAGUUGGAGCACGAAUUCUGGCAGACGGCAGAAGGCCGAGCACAGAUCCGCCAGUUGGAGCUUGAGUUGGAGCAGGCCAUGACGCUUCAUGCGGUGAGAGGGUUUCAGAUCGACCGGACGGAGGACGAAAAAGGAAAACAGGAAAGACACGAGCCCAAAGCGAAAACCAAGCCGUCUUGGCUGGCCAGCUCUCGCCAAUCUGAAAUGUCUGGCUCUGCCCGCUGGACCGUGCGCAUUCUCACCGACCCGGAGCCGCUGACACUAGCAGAUGUUCUUCCUGCGGCAGGCUCCAUCCAUUGGGCGCUUGCCCGAACGUGGUUGAUCCAGCUUCUUCCCGCACUUGAGGCGUUGCACGACGCAGGCGUCGCCCACCAGCUUCUAUGUCCUGCCAGUGUUGUGCUCACAGACGGAUCGCUCCGGCUUUGUCAUCCAAGUUACGGCGCAUCGCUUCUCCGCAUGGCCCACGUCGGCCAGUCUGACCACUAUCUCGACCGGUACAUUCCGCGCGGUUGGCGAGAUCCAGACUCCAGCGGCGGGCCUGCGAAAAGCGACGUGUGGCAGCUUGGUGUCUUGUUCCUUCGGGUCAUGUUGGGCUAUGGUGCGUGCGAGACAGAGUUCCGGACGCCGCAGCAGUUUCUCUCUGGGUUCCGGCCAGAGAAAUAUCCCGUGGCCGAGCAUGCGGAACGGGUGUACGACUUGCUCAGUCGGAUGCUUCAGCCGCGGGCCUCGAAGCGGCCCAGUCUUGUCGAGUUGAAUGCGCUCAAGUUUUUCCGGCUGGGAAUGGAGGAACCGCCGCAACGAGACCCCAUUGGCCUGCUGCGGUACCAGACCAGCAUGCUCAACGCGGCACGUGGUGCUACUUCGGUCUCUAGAAGACGCUUGUCGAACCGAGCAGCAAGCCCUUUCGUCGAGACAGAAUCGAGGUAUGAACGCGAGUUUGAGGAAGUGGGCAAGCUCGGGAAAGGUGGGUUCGGCGAGGUGGUCAAGGCGAGAAAUAGAAUGGAAGGAACAUUCUACGCCAUCAAGAAAAUCAAGCACCGUGCUGAUAAGCUCGAGACCUUAUUGAGUGAGGUUCUCUCCUUGGCGCGCUUGAACCACCAGUAUAUCGUUCGUUACUAUGGAUGCUGGGUGGAAGAGGCUCGUGGUGUUGAGCCGACAAGAGAAGAGGACGAUACUUCUGACUCCGACGACGAGUUUGAAAGUCCGCUCAAUAUGCGCUCAUCUUCUUUCCUUGCCAGCAGAGACAACUCCUUCCAGAUCGACUAUUUUUCCAAUCUGAUGGAUCCGCUGCUUGGGUAUGCUGACAGCCUAGAUGAUCGAAUUGUAUUUGCCACAAGUGAUGACUCAACAGAGCGGCAAGAUUCUGACGAUGAGCGAAGUGAUUCAAGUGGAUCGCACGAGACCGACGAUGACGAAGCGUUGGUAUCGUCGGAAUCUGAAUCUGAAUCUGAAUCUGCUAUUUCGUCACGCUCAUUGUCUAAAUCUUUCGCCAAAUCCCACUCUAGUGGUUCGUCGUCACGCCGUCAUCUUGGUCUGGCUCGCUCAACACUUUACAUUCAAAUGGAGUUUUGUGAAAAUAACACCUUGCUUGAUUUGAUCGAAAAGGGCCUUCCCAAUAAUCCGAGCGAGUAUUGGCGGCUCUUUCGUCAGAUCCUAGAGGCGGUUUCCUAUAUCCACAGCUCUGGUUUUAUCCACCGUGAUUUGAAACCAACCAACAUCUUUAUCGACCGUUCCAAUAACAUCAAGGUUGGUGACUUUGGCCUUGCUAAGAACUCCCAUUUCUCGUCAGCGCUUCUGAAAAACAACCAGGUAGCGUCCCCUAACAAAGAUUUAUCAACUUUAGUCGGCACAUUCUUUUACACUGCUAAAGAAGUUGCAACAGGUGAAUACGACGAAAAAGUGGACAUGUACUCUUUGGGAAUUAUCUUCUUUGAGAUGUGUCACCAGAUGAGCACGGGAAUGGAGCGAGCGAUGAUCUUAAACGAUUUGCGUUUGGCUGAAGUCAAAUUCCCCAGCGAUUUCGACUCCCGCAAACUCACAGAACGUAAAAUCAUUCAGCAGCUCCUUGCUCAUGAUCCAAAAUCCCGGCCAGGAGCUACAGAACUUUUGCAGAGUGGAGCAAUUCCCGUUGAGCACCAGGAUAUCAUUAUCAAAGAAGCUCUCAAGUCAUUGGCAGACCCAGCCUCACCUUGGCAACAACAUGUUAGAGACGCAUUAUUCAAACAACCAUAUCUGUUAGCGCGAGACUUGAUGUUUGAUAAUGCUGGCACCAGCUCGCAUAGCGGCAUUAUAGAACACACUACUGGAGAUUACUUGAUCCUAAGCCAAACACUCAAUGAGCUCAGCCGACUCUUUGAAACCCAUGGUGCAAUCCAAGAUUUUGAUGGGAGUGCCUUAAUACCCAAGCUGCUGACCCAGUCAAAGGAACAGGUGUAUGAAAUUCUUGAUCGUAAUGGUUCUGUUUUGACUCUCAGUUAUGACUUGGUGCUUCCAAUGGCUCGAUUUUUGAGCAGAAACUAUACUGAGGUCAGCAAGUUGCACAGGCACGAAUUCGUGUACCGUCCUAACCUCAGAGGCAUCGGCAGGCCAGACAAGUAUAGCGCAGUUGCCUUUGACAUCUUUUCUCAUAGCACGCAUUUCUUGAAAUCCCAUGAUGCAGAAUGCAUCAAGGUUGUGGAUGAGAUCUUAUGCACAUUUCCAUGUUUCAAGGCGAAGAACGCCCAGGCUUUCAUUAUUGUCAAUCAUUCAGAUAUUUUAAACAGCGCUAUUGAUUUUGCUUUCGGAAGCUCGAACACCUUAUCUCAAUCUCGUCGAUAUGAGCUCAUGGGUGUGUUGUCCCAAUUAGGAGUAGAGAGAGGCUCUGAAGACAUUAAACGGUAUUUGAGAGACGAAUUCAAAAUUCAACAUACUGUGGUGAAAGACCUUAUCGAUCUCUUCAAUUUCACAGUGGAACCGGAAAAGGCCCGGUUGAAACUACGCAAAAUCAUGGUGGACUCGCCUUUGCUUGCCAAAGUGGAACGCGCAUUGAAUGAGCUUCAAGAAAUCUUGGAUGUUCUUCAAAGUCUUGGUGUCAGCUCCACGGUCUCUUUCUGUCCUUUGAGCAACUACAAUGCCAAAUAUUAUGAUGGCGCAUUCAUGUUUCAGGCCAUUUACAGAAUUGACAAGAACAGGAAAUUCUCAAGGUUUGUCACUGGUGGAAGAUACGAUCGUCUUAUCGACUCGCUAUCUAAUGAUGGACUUACAAAAUCUAGAACGCCACAUGGAGUUGGAUUUCAGCUCACAAGUACAUUGUUGUUUUUGUUGAUGAAAAAUGCAGCGAAGAGGUCCCAAUUGACGUUGGCCAACUCAAAAACGAUGGGUAAAUGGAGGAAAUCGAGGUGUGAUGUGCUUGUUACGAGUCUGCAAGAGUCUAUCAUCAAAGAUUCCGGCUUCAAGGUACUUAAUGAGUUGUGGGCGCACGGAAUCAGCAGCGAUUGGUUUUUUGCCAAAUCCAACGAAGAGCUAAAUAAUCGUGCAAUUGAGGAUGGUUGUGAUUGGAUAGUGCAACUCAAGCAAAAAAAUACAGGCCUGGGACGCCGGUCUAAGAAGAGCUCUUUCAAGCCGAUUCGUGUUAAAUCAAUAGAAGCCAAUAAGGACACUGAUUUGGAUUACGAUGAGCUUUUGCACUUUCUUCUAAAUGAGAUCGAAGAGCGAAAUGCCGAGGCGAACGAAGGCAGCUCAUACAUUGAUAGGAAGGAGGACUUGAGUCAGACAAAUGACGAUUCUCGGAUCGGCGAGCCACUUUUCAACCUCGAUAUUGACCAGCGUGUUAUUGUUGUUUCCAACAGUGCACCACGGGGUAGAAAGAAUAAUAAAAAGGAAAAAUGGGAACUUGAAAAUGACUCAAAAUUGGCGGGCGCUGACUUGAUGAAAAGCCUAGCAAAAGCCCCAAUUGUGACAGUGGAUCUGAACGAUUCUACACUAGAUAUGAUUCUGUCCAUGUCUCUCAACACACUGCAAGAAGAAUGGCACAAGAAGCUUUUUUUCACUGACAACAAGUUACCUCGAAGCUAUGCUGCUGCGAUCUAUGAAACUUUGAAUAAGGAGGCAGCCAGGGGAGUACGCUGGGCUUUGUUGCACUCUCCGAAAACUGACAAGACGACUAUUGUGGAUUUACAGAGAUGA